UAUAGAACCAGGCUCACCCUCGCUCUCGAGAGGAACGACGUGUUUAGUACUCGGUCGAAAAUCGUACGCUUCACAUAUGCAUGCAUCCCGCUUCAGCGGUGGCCGAUUCGGUUCGCGAAGUCCUCGAACACACAGCGUAAAGUGAAAAUACAGCGAUGUCCGAAUCGAUCAAUUUGUCACUGGAGCAAAUCGAAGCGCCACGCGGCGGGCGAUUGUUCAACUAAGCGAGCUGUCAGCCGAUAACAAUGUCCAACCAAGGGGUGAUAUUUUUGAGUACUGUACAGACGGCAUCGCCCUGGAGGCCACAGUUGCCCCUACCGAAGGAUAUAACGUUGCACGUGCAACAGCAAAAACAGCAGGCCAUGGAUAAAUCGGCCAAAAAGGACAAGGACAAAAAAUGGUCACUAGGGAAUCUGUUCCGUCGGAAGCAGAAAAAGGAGCCGGAUUACGAGUCCAGCUCCGAGGAGGAUCGGAAGGCGGGAUUUUUACCGGUGAAACAGAACCGCACACAGGCUGUCGGGCAGGGCACACUGAACGGGAAGCGCAAAAAGCGAUCGAGCAAACCACAGGGUGGUUUCGAUCACAUCGUAGUUAGUCCGAAGCAUGGAAAUAGUUAUGGGUUUAAGGAAAGUGAUAGCGUAAAUUCCAUUGAUAAGUAUGUGGUUUCAAUGGGUUCCGGGUCGUUGGAUAGGAGAUCGCGGAAGGAUGGAGGAAAGUCGAAAGAUGGUAAUGCACUGUCUAGUGACGAGGAAUCACACAGGUCUUCAUCGAUGUCGAGAUUUAGAAGCGAUGAAAGCUUAGGUAAUCAUAGCGGUAGCUCGAACCGAAAAUCUAGGACGGCACGGACAGAACGGUACUUGAAACGAAUGUCCAAAGAUGGUGAGGGCAGUCCUGUUAAUCGAUGGCACACGCAACCGAUAUCACCUAGUAUGCUUCACGGGAGUAUACAGUCCGUAGAUAAUGUUCACCGCCGGGGUUACCUACCGGGAACUCAUCCAAGCCUUAGAAACUCAUCUAGUCUGACAAAUGUGCCUCAUUUGUUCCACCCUCCGAAUCCGUACGCUCAGCAGCAGCAAAUUUACCAGAACCAGAAUCCAUCAGUUACGUACGAAAAUAGUUUUUACAUCCAGAGUAAGGCAAAUUCCAUGCGGGAACCAAUUCGGAGUCCUCCACCAGUGCCACCUCGAGACCCGCAGCGUAGGUUAACAAUCGGUCAUCCACAGGACGCCAGACCGAUGUCAUAUGCCUUCGAUCACCAACAAAUUAUCACCUCACCCAAUGGCAACAUCUGGCAACCCAACGGGAAGUGCAUCAGUGACGAUCGGCUCUGGGGUCCAAACGUCUCCCGUCAUCCUCAAUCGCCGGGCACUCCAAGUUUCGUAAAUCCACACGUGACAAUUUCACCGAGGCCGUCGUCCGUACAGCCGGAAUCGGUCCAGAAACGGUACAUCUCACGACAUCCUCAGCCAUCAACACCUUCGCCAAGUCAGGGGUACGUGGUACUUCAGCACGCCCCUUCACAUCAUGUCCAUAAUCAACAAUCUACACCUCAACCUCAAGCACAACCCCAACAACAGCCGAAACGACCAACAGAAUACCGUUACGUCACCGAUGUAACCCCUCGAUCGCGGAAACCAAUUCAAAUCCAGGAUCGUACCUUCGAAUCGUUCGAACCAGCACAGCAAGUUCAGAAAACACCUGUACAAACUCCUCAACAAACGAACCAGCCGGCUUAUAGUUCAUCUGUGUACAUCCGCACUCGUCCGCUAAAAGCGGACCCAGAGGAACCAGCACCGAAAACACCCCAACAAUCAGCGUCUGCUUUCUGGCGUAAGAUCGAAGAAGAACAGAACUCCGUCAAUCGGCAAAGCCGAAUCGCUGACCGCCGGCAACAAAUCCCGAUUACCAAUUCCCGCUCUGUAUCUACUUCCCGCGCUCUAGAAAUAAUGAACCGACGAAACCAUGAGUUGACGAAAGAACUGAGUAAUCUGCUGGACGAUGGUAAACAAAACAGCCAGGACAACACCAUCAGUGGAAGGCUUUACCUGCGUCAGUCGCAGGACGCGAAAGUGAAGGAAAAGUCACGAUCGCCACCGAAAAACAAGUACGAAGAGUACGUUGCGAAAACAAUCGCUCAGUCAACACAAGCUCCCGUACCGAGUUCGACGUACAGAAAGUUUAACUCUGGAGGCGAUACUAGGGCAGCCAUUAUUUUAAAACAGGCCAAAUCGCCACCUCCGCCACCCGCACGAAGCAUUUCUAAACGAAACUCGUGCUCCGAAGAAGAGCUAUCCAAGAAGCAAAAGUCUGCCAAUCUGGAAGAAGCGAUCAACGAACUGGAUGCUAUCUACAAGAGUCUCUAUCUGAGCGACGAAGAUCUGCUGGAUCGAGCCGAGCUCCGGGAUGUUCCCACGCCGAAUAUGUUCAACAAACAAACGAAACCUACCUCCGACUACGACGAUGAUGAAGAUGAGAGACGCAAUUCAGAACCGGACAUUGAACUGGACGAUCUGAAUUUCCGUAGUCUGAAACAAGCGAAUGAAAAAAUAAAAUCCCUCGAAGUACAACCACCAUUCGGGAUUCCGCUGGGCCCGAUUCCACCUUCACCGAAUACCGAUUACUUGAGUGCACAGCCGCCGGAAAAGCCCAACAAAGCAAGGUUCAUACCGAAACGAUCGCCCGAUUUGGUGGCAGAUGAUCUGGCUGUCCGUCAGCUACGCCGGGAUAAAGAUCUCCAACAGAGUGUGGAUCGAGUCAAUUGUUAUGCUCCACCAGCCUCCGAUGUGAGCGAUGAAAAUCCAACUUUCAGCUACCUGGAGGAUGUCCGGAAGAAGCGCAACAGUGCGAAAUUGACGUCCAACACGCUGGCGUCCAAUAUCUUCAACAUGAUUCAGAGGGACGCCGCGAAACCCUCGGGUGGAAAUCUUGACGAUUACUGUAAGAUUGAACAGGUCGUUAAGAGUGCGGCAAAGAAGGAUGGGGAUUCGAAGGUGAAGAAAUCGAUGAAAAAUUUGGACGAGCGAGCGAAAAGUGGCUCACCGAAGAGGACCGGCGGAGCGGUGUUCAAUCUACCGUCAACGUUGAAGUCGGCUGCUUCACCAAAACCGGCAGCGACGUCUUCGGAGAGUAGUACAAACACGCCACCGCCUAAGGCGAAAACUAGUCCGGUGAUCGUGGGAGCAAAGCACAAAGCCGAGUUUGAGGACAUUUUGAAUGCGAUCGCACAGGAAGCGAAGAGUACCAGCGAGAAACUGGGUAUGGAUUUGGCCGAGCUGAGAAAGGAAACGAAAUCGGUUUCGAGUGGGACCAGUCCGGAAACGAAACCGCAGCGUAAGGUGGUAGCUCCGGUGGAGAUGCCGGUCGGUGGAGGCAGUAGGAAAUCGUCGGUGAAGGUAGAGGAGGAAAUCGAUGAGGUGGCAGAGGCAGCAAAGUAUUGCCAGCACAUGCUACGGAAUGUGGUUCAAGAAACGAAGUUGGAUGAAAAGAAGUUGAUUAAAGAUAUUGAGGAUACUUCCAAUGCGGCCAUGUUGUGUCAUGGGAUGAUCAACAGAGUUAUCAUGCCGAGGCAGACAUCGGUGGAAGCUCCAGAAAAAUCAGUGCUUUCGGGUUUGAUUAAGGAGUUGACACCGGCAGAAGGUACCGAGGAGGAGGAGGAGACGUUUGAAACAUUAUCCAAACGCUGCCAGGAUCAGCUGAGCGAAUUGGAGGACAUGAACGACGGACAGAAAUCGGCAAUCGAAAGAGACUACGAUAAUCUAGUUGAGAGUAUUGACCCGCUGGACUCCGACUCGGACAAGAAGUCUACCGAGGAGGAAAUCGAUAUCAUAAUGAAGGAAUGCGGGAUCGACAAUGAGGUGCAGAUUACUAUCAAUUCAGUUCCCUGCCAGGAAACAGAGUUUGAGAGCUCCGGAACGCGCAAGUACAGUAAGGAUUCCAGCCUGGAGUUGAGCGACUUUCACGGGCCUUCGCUUACGCCAACCGAUCCGAAGUCUUCUAGUGAGACGGAACAGUUCCCUAAAUCGUCUGACCACACGUCCUGCAAUCUGCUGUCUUCUAGCGAUUAUCUUAAGUCCAACAGUGAUCGUCGCAAGUCUAGUUCAUCCACCGCAAGCUCUAGCAAUACUUCGGCUCCGGUGGUUGAACCGACAGUGGUUGCGAUUGCUUCGGUUCCAGUUACCACGGCAACGCCUCCAUCGCGAGUCUCGCCGUCAGAUGGCGAGUCGCAGUACAACUCAUCCGAGGAGCUAGCAAUGAUCUUCGGCAUCAAAAGUCCAACACCGACAGAUAACAAACCGUUCGUGAACACCGCUAUCCUAGAGCUAGAGAAAAAGCUGUCAUCUGCCACUGCCAACAUAAGCUGCCAAACGCAACAUAUUACUAGUUUUCUACAACCUCAGCAAAGACUACCGCCUACAAUAUUGCAACAAGAUAAACAGCGCUAUCAGCCAGCCUAUCAUUACCAGUUACCGCCGCAAACUAUUGUCCCCAACGAUCCGCGUCAGAACUACCAACGACAGCAGCCGGAACCGUCGCCUCGAUCCAGUCACAACUAUAUUUCUACCAACAUUCCUCACGAGCCUCAGCUGACGCAGCCAACUCCAUCGUCCAACUCAAAUCUUGCCACUAUCCUACAGGUAAUCCGCGGGGAGCAGGAAUCCGGUCCGGAACAAACGCCCCGGUGGGACCUGUUUACCCGUUCGGCUAGCCUCGAUCGAAUCACACCGCCGCCCUCUAUCCCACCGUUCAAACUCACCGCUGCCAAUUUCCGUAAAAUACAACGCCAUCCACCGGUAUCCUAUCCGAAGAAACCUCUAGUCACUCGACGAUCCCCCGGAUCGCCGCCAUCGCCCAGAAUCGAUUCAUGCUAUUCGCCCUCUGGCAACCAUCUUCACCAUCAACAGCAGAAGCAGCCAUCCGUUCCGUCGGCAUUUGUCGCUGCCUCUGGAUCACAACAACAACAACAACAACAGCCCCUGCGAAGACCAUUGCUCAAGUCUUCCCUCAAACGGAAUGAGGCAUUCCUCCGAACCCGCUCCAAGACAAUAUCGGACUUUUUCGGCCCUGAAUCCACACCCAUCAGCCGACUGCUGAACAUAAUAUGCCAAGAGAAGGAAGCGGAAAGAGCGAAAGCCAGCAUGAGCAAUAGCAACGGUGUUGGAAGUUCCAGUAAAACAUUCGGCAGCAGUAAAGAUGGCAUCCUGUCGAAGAUUCCGAUGGCGACGGCGGCGUCUUCGUCGAGUUCCUCUACCGCAAGCUCGUCCUCGGCGAGCUUGACGAGACCGAGGCGCAUUCUAAACAUCAAGUCUCGCAAAGAGAAUGUAAUCCCAGGGGUGGUGGGGGCGACGGCGGCCACUACUUCGUCAUUGUCGGUCACCUCCGGUAGCGGCAGCAGUUCCGGCCACGCACCACCAGUGGAUCAUCUUGCCUCCAAAGACAUCGAUAGGAUAGCUAAAUAUAAGGCUGACCGGCGGAAACCGAUUUAUUUAAGAAACACUGUCCAAGAAAAUGAAAAUGAAAGACUGGAACAUAAGAAAAGAUCAUCAUCAUCCCGAUCGACAGCGAACGCCCCGUCGUCGUCAAGUGCAAUUCAUAAUUUUGGAGCCGAUUCGGACAAUUUCAACGACGCUACUACGUCGAUAUCGAUGAGGUCCGUCUUCAGCGUUUCCAACGAAGUAUCCUACUAG